AUGAUUUACUUGAAAAUAAAUGAGAAAAUGAAAUAUUAAUUUAUCUAUUCUAAUUAAAAAAAGUAAUUUACUAUUGAGGAAAUUAAUAAAGUUAGUAAAAUUGGUAAAAGAGAGUAUCUAAUAUAGAAGAAAGAACUUUAUUAUUUGGAAUUAUAAAUAUUUUAUUUGAAAUUUAUAUGA